AUGGAAGUGGCGUCGGCGCCUCCAAUGCCCGUCGAGCGGCCGAAGGACGGUAAGCGGAGCAACAGGUGCAGGAACAUCUGCGCCGCCGUGUCGGCGGUCACCGUGAUCGUCGCCCUGGUGAUUCUUAUAUUGGCCCUGACAGUUUUCAAGGCCAAGAAGCCGGUCAUCACGGUGAAUUCGGUGAACCUGAAGGACCUCGAUGUCUCCUUCGACAUGGCGCGGAUGAGCGCCUUGCUGAACAUGACGGUGGACGCGGACCUCUCCGUGAGGAACCCGAAUAGGGUGGGUUUCAAGUACACAAACUCGACCGCACUGUUAGGCUACCGAGGAGAUCCUGUCGGCGAUGCUCCGAUCCCUGCAGGCAGGAUCUCAGCGGACAGCACGGAGGAGAUGAAAAUCGUGGUGACGGUGAUGGCAGAUCGCCUUCUGUCGAACCGGCGGGCGUUCUCCGACGUCAUGGGGGGCGUGCUUCCCUUCACCACUUACGCGAAGAUAUCUGGCAAGGUUUCCAUCUUGAGCGUGUUCAAGAUUCAUGUGACGUCGGCCGUUUCCUGCGACAUCAAUGUGUUCAUUUCCAAUAGAACCAUUGACGACCACCAAUGCAAGUAUGAGACGAAGUUGUAG